AUGAGGGAAGCAGUAUCUCAAAACUGCUUCAGAAGCCUCCUGGUGGGGAAGAACAAGGUUCCUGUGGAUGUUCUACAGUAUGUUGAUGAUACUGUGUUCUUUGGAGAAGCUUCCAUGGAGAAUGUCAGAGCUGUGAAGGUCAUUCUCAGAAGAUUUGAGAUGGUCUCUGGAUUGAGAAUUAAUUUCGCAAAGAGUCAGUUUGGUGCUAUAGGUCAACCUGAGGAAUGGUGCAAUUCUGCUGUUGUCUACCUUAAUUGUGCACUGUUACAGCUUCCUUUCUGUUACUUAGGAAUUCCAAUUGGUGUUAAUCCAAGAAGAAGGGUGGUCUGGGAUCCAAUUAUAAGCAAGUUUGAGGCUAAGCUGAGCAAAUGGAACCAGAGAAAUAUCUCCAUGGCUGGUAGAACCACUCUUAUUAAUGCAAUUUUAACAGCAUUACCUCUGUUUUAUAUGUCUUUUUCCAGGAUCCCCUCAACUAUCAUUAAUAGGAUCUCUGCCAUCCAAAGGCACUCUAGAACAGGAUUCUGGUCUCUAAAUACAAUGGUUGGGUGA